GCAUUCUUCGUUAUCACCCCUGGAGCCACUGUUCCGGUCAGUUGCCCAAUGUACACCUGCAUUUAGGUUCGAUCAGGUGGAUGUUGUUACCCAUCGUAAUAAUCUGCAAAAAAUACUCAGCCCAAACAAGAAUCAUCGAAAAUAUCGCAUCUACAUUGAGCUAGUAGGACGGACGCUGUUGUGUGAACGAUGGGACGGCAGGGUCACUGGCGCUGGAAAGGGAUAUGGUCACGCUUUCGAGAAGCGUGUUACACGAGGGUUGCCUGAAGCGGAAUCAUAUCACCGGGUUAUCACGUACAAUUGCGGCGGCCUCAAGAUGGUGGUCCGCACCGAAGUGGAUGCUGUCAACCCUGAUCCAAACGUUCCUGACACCACUCCUAUCUUACCCACGACCACCGCCCUUGGAUUUGAAGGCACGACUCUUCAGUGCCUAGCAUCGGACAAUGCUAUUCCUCAGCAAAGUCGUGUUGCCGAGUUAAAGUGCUUUUACGAUAGAAACCCUUGGGAAGCGAGAGACACACUGCAAUGCGUGCUGGGUCGAGUCCCCACCGGCUAUUGUGCGAGACAUCUAUCAAGUCGCAUGGGGGAGAACUUUAUGGCUGAUAUUCAGAGGAUUGACGAACAUCAUUUCAGUGCGAUGGACUUCAUUGAUCCGGUGAUUGGGUCGCAGUUACGCAACUUCUUCGGCGCAAUUAGGAAAGUGAUGGCCAAGAGGGGAGUCAGCAAGACCGUACUGAUUGGCGAUUUGAAGGCAGGGAUUCAGCUACACCCGAUGGGACGGGAUAGGCGGGCAGCGCUUCCCGGGUCUUUAGUGGCAAGGAUGUUGGAAACUCCCUCCAAGCCAGAAGACAAGAAGAAUGGGAAGGCGACGGAAGUAGACGUCUCCACCGACAAAACUAACAAGGUUCCUUGUUCUGGGACGCCAAAACCUCAGCAGACGAAGGUGGCGAACGAGCCUGUAACAUCUUCGGGAGGCAAAUCCAAUUCGCGAACCCCGUCAAAGAGGAAAGCUGAGGGUGAGGCCGACGAAGAAGCCCCGGAGAGCAAGAAGGCAAAGACAGGGGACGAUGACGAUGAUAAGAUCGAGGAGAAGCAGUGCACCAGAACCGUGAAGAUGACCCGUUUUAAGAACAAUCGUGAGGUUCAUGAAUGGGAGGAAAGGGGGAAAAAAGAGGUCUGGAGAAAGUGAGAAGGUUGUGGAGGAGAAGGUUGAUGAUGGUUUAUGUUUGGCGUUCCGCUC